AUGAAUCCUCAUCAGCAGAACAAGGUCGACAUCAACGCUAUGUCUUCGGACGAACAGCGCCUGUUCCGCCUCUACGGCAAAAUGCCCAACAAGAAAGACCUCCUCCAGAAUAAACUGAAGGAACGCAAAUACUUCGACUCAGGCGACUACGCCCUAAGCAAAGCCGGCAAAGCCUCCGACGUAACAAGCAUCGGAUCCCGCCAUCCGGUCCCCGAAAACAUCCCCCACCUAACCGCGACCUCACCGGGAACCAACAACCCCUCCGCGGCCGGCAACGGCGGUGGCAGCAUCAGCGCCCAAGGCGGAAGCAUCAGUGCCCAGGGCGGCCAACAGAUUCCAGGAACUAUCAGUGGUCAUCCUGGUUCUGUGGGAUUCCAGAAUCGGGGCAGCCCGGCUAAGGAGGGGGGCUUUUUGCAUCGGGGUAGUAGUCUCAGUGAGGGGUCUAGUGGUCCCGGUGAUUUUGGGAAGGAUGGUGAGGAGAAGGAUGGGAGUGUUAGUCCCCCCUGUUGCGAGGGAGGGUGUUCCUAUUCAGCGGUGAGGUGGAGGGGUUGGGGGUUAGGGUUUGAAGUGAAGUUGAAUAUGGAGUGA